AUGCUCGUGCAGCUCGUAACUCUGCAGCUCUGCGCGCGCACCGCCGCCGCGCUCGGCGGCCCGGCGCUCCCGCCGAAGCUCCGCGCCAUCGAGCAGUCCCUGCGCGGCGCCCACGACGCCAAGGCGGCCUUCCGGACGGAGGAGCUCUUCCGCGGCUGCGACCGCGAGCAGCUCGCGCCGGCGCCCGCGACCGUCGCGCGCGGCGCCGUGCCGGGCGACCUGCGCGGCGCGAUCCUGCGCAACGGGCCGAACGCGCGGCCGUGGGGCAGCGGCGGCGGCUGGCUCGACGGCGACGGCAUGGUCCACGCCGUCGUGCUGGGCGACGAGGGCGCGACCUACAGCCGCGCCUGGCUGCGCACGGCGGCCUUCGCCAAGGAGGAGGCCGCGGGGCCCGGGAAGCUCUUCGACGGCUCGCUCGUCGCGCCGCAGGGCUUCAAGCUACUCGUCAACCUCGCGAAGAACUUCGCGAACGCCCUCCAGCCGCAGAAGGACACGGCGAACACGGCGCUCGUCGCGCUGGCCGACGGGCGGUGCCUGGGCCUGAUGGAGCAGUGCAAGCCCUGCGAGUUCCGGAUCUCGUCGGACGGCACGCUCGAGACGCUCGCGGCGGGGUCGACGCUCGGCGGCGGCAUCGAGUUCGGGCCCCACCCGCUGAGCGGCGGCGCGCUGACGGCCCACUUCCACGGCGACCCCGUCACCGAGGAGCUCGUCGGCGUCACCUAUUCGAGCACGUCGCCGCCCUACGGCCGCGUCGACUUCCUCGACUCUCGCACGGGCGAGAUCACGCGCACGAUCGGCGUCGACAUGCGAUCGCCGGUCAUGCUCCACGACUCGGCGAUUUCUCGGAAGCACGUGAUCAUCCUCGACCUGCCGCUGACGGCCUUUCUGUACGAGUGGGUCGUCGACGGCGACGCGUGCGUCCGGGAGCGCUACCUGUCGAGCGUGCCCGUGGAGUUCCCGGCGAUCGACCCGCGCUGCGUCGGGUCCGCGGCGCCCUGCGCCUACGCGAUCCGCCCGCGGACCAUCGGCGGCCCGAAUCGCUACGGCCCGCCCGCGGAGGGCAUCCUCAUCGACGCCGUGGUCAAGUUCGACCUCUCGGACCUGCACGACGACGACGCCGCGACGUCCGACGCCGACUGCGUCGCCGCGGAGUGGGUCGCGCCGGCGGGCUACUUUGUCGUGUCGGAGCCGUCCGUCGUGCCGAAGCGCGGCGGCCGCCCGGGCGACGGCGCCUACGUCCUCGUCUUCGUGACGAACGUCCACGACGACGGCGAAACGCGCGACUCGAAGCUCGUCGUCCUCGACGGGGACGCGCUGGCGGAGGUCUGCGAGCUCGACCUGCCCAACGACGUGCCCUACGGCCUCCACUCGGCCUGGGUCGACUGGGCGGACCUCGCGCACUAA